GUAGAUAGGGCCAGACAAGCAACAAUUUUCGCAAGAGAGGGAGUUCCAGUCAGAGUGAAAAACAGGAAAAACGAGAGGAUUCGUUUGCAGGAGCAGAGCAAGGAUAAUAGUACGUCGACGCUUCAAUGGCCGGAUUAUCUUGUCAUCGGUGUAAUGCUGUCGAUCUCAGCCGGCAUCGGGAUCUACUACCGAUUCACCGGAGGCAGACAACGCACGGCCGAGGAGUACUUCUCAGCGAAUCGAUCGAUGGGCGUCGUUCCCUUAGCGAUCGCGUUGACGGUGUCUUUCAUGUCGGCGAUCACGCUGCUAGGGAUCAGCGCGGAAACUUACACGCACGGCAUGAAAAUCGUGCAACUGUAUCUGGGUGGUUUGCUCGGCACUCCGAUUGUCUUGUACCUUUACCUUCCUGUCUUUGCCAAGCUCAACACCAUGAGCGUCUACGAGUAUUUAGAGAAACGAUUCGGAGUAGGUGCACGACUAGUGACCAGCACUGCCAACUUCCUGCAGCUGCUUCUAUACACCGGAGUGGUGUUGUUCGCGCCUUCGCUGGCUCUCGAAGCGACCACCGGCCUAUCGGGCAACAUGAGCGUGCUGCUGAUCGGUUUGAUUUGCACCUUCUAUUCGACCGUAGGUGGUAUCAAGGCCGUCCUCAUCACCGACGUGUUCCAAGGGAUACUGAUGUUCGCCGGAGUCGCCUGCGUCCUCGCUGUCGCCGCUGACGACCUCGACGAAGGUUUGUCGAACGUGUGGAGCGUCGCCCAAGAUGGCGGCCGAGCAGAAUUUUUCGAUUUCAGUAUUGAUCCAACUGUGAGACACUCCUCGUGGGCGUUGGCGAUCGGUGGUACUACGAUAUUUCUGUCAUUGUACGCGGUGAACCAGGUUCAAGUUCAGCGCCUGCUCACUGCCAAGAGUGUCAAAGCUUCGCAACACGCGCUUUUCCUCAGCGGUCCAAUCACUAUACUUCUCGGCGGUCUGACGGCCUUCUGCGGCCUGGUCCUCUACGCGGUGUACAGGUACUGCGACCCGGUCACGUCCGGCAAAAUCUCCAGCUUCGACAAGAUAAUGCCGUACUUCGCGGCGGAGAGAAUGUCACGGGUGCCAGGCGUCACCGGUCUCUUCAUAUCCGGUGUGUUCAGCGCUAGCCUCAGCACCAUAUCCGCCAUGCUGAACUCUCUGUCGGCCGUUGCUUUGGAAGACUACGUGAAACCCGCGUGCCGUAAAUUCGGCAAGGAGUUCCCGGAAGAGAAAGCCACGAUGAUCGGCAAAUGUCUGGGCGUGUUGAACGGCUUCUUGUGUCUGGCAGUGGCUUUUAUCGCAAAGUCGAUGGGAUCGUUGGUCGAGGCUGCCAUCGGGAUCUCCGGAGCGAUCGGAGGGCCAAUUCUGGGGAUUUUUACGCUAGGAAUGUUCGUCGAGAGAGCGAAUCAAACCGGGGCUAUCGUUGGCAUCGUUACUGCCUUGGUCACGUGCGUCUGGGCAGCGUUUGGACACCCAAAGCCGAGAACUUCUCUUCUCUCGCUGUCUGUGGAAGGCUGCGACAAUUCCACAAUGUUCGUGCAACAUCGAAACGCCACUUUGCCCGAAGAGCCGGUGGACGAGUCCUCGUACUUCUAUCUGUAUCGUAUAUCGUACCUGUGGUACAACCCCCUUGGACUGACGAUCACGUUGAUCAUCGGUUACUUGACCAGCCUGAUUACGAACAAGAUACUUUACAAGAACGCUCGCGAGCCGGAGCCGAGCUUGUUCACUCCUCUGCUGGCCUCACGGAUUCGAAGACGAAGACAGGACGCGGAUAAAACUACGAGCAGUCAGUUGUUCGUCCUGCAGAACAGAAGA